UGUUUUCAAAAUAUCAGAUACAUCCUUCCCAUGAUAUUAUUAAACCCUUCUCCUGAAAACCUACCUAUUGCAGCACAUAACCAAAAACGAUGUCGUUGUUAUCUCGCCUUCUCCGUGGCGCCUUCUUCAACACUUGUACUAUCCGUCGUUUUUCCUCCGCCGCCUCCUCGGAAACCACGGCAGCAAUCUCUCCACCUACUAAAAAGUCACUCAGUAGUAUCGUGAAUGACGAACGAAACCCCAAACGGAUCGUGGAGAAGUUCAAGAUGGCGUGUGAGUCUGAGCGAUUCCGAGCUAACAUAGCCGUCUACGAUAGAACCGUGCGGCGUCUCGUCGCGGCAAAGAGAUUACAUUUCGUCGAAGAGAUAUUGGAGGAGCAGAAGAAGUACCCCGACAUGUCAAAGGAAGGAUUCGCCGCUAGGAUCAUUUCUCUUUACGGGAAAGCCGGUUUGGUUGAAAACGCGCAGAAGGUGUUCGACGAAAUGCCAGAGAGAAAGUGCAAGAGGUCAGUGCUGUCCUUCAAUGCCUUGCUCAGUGCGUAUGGGGUUUCCAAGAGAUUCGAUGUGGUUGAGCAGCUUUUCAAUGACUUACCGGACAAGCUAUCAAUCAAACCAGACAUAGUAUCUUACAAUACUUUGAUCAAGGCAUUGUGUGAGAAGGGUUCCUUGUCCGAAGCUGUUGCGUUGCUUGGUGAUAUUGAGAACAAGGGUGGUUUGAAACCUGAUAUAAUCACAUUUAACACACUUUUGUUGUCGUCGUAUCUGAAGGGAGAGUUUGAGCAAGGGGAAGAGAUAUGGGCUAAAAUGGCGGAGAAGAAUGUAGCAAGGGACAUCAGGAGUUACAAUGCUCGGUUGCUUGGAUUAGCAGCCAAAUCGGAAGAACUAGUAAGUCUCUUUGAAGAACUGAAGGCUAGUGGGAUCAAACCUGAUGUUUACAGCUUCAAUGCAAUGAUUAGAGGGUCAAUCAACCAAGGAAAAAUGGAGGCGGCCAAAACUUGGUACGAAGAAAUUGUGAAGCAGGGUUAUCGUCCUGAUAAAGCUACAUUGGCUUUACUGAUUCCUGCAUUGUGUAAAGCAGAGGACUUUGGGUGUGCGAUCGAGCUCUGCAAGGAGACAUUCAGUAAGCGUUAUCUUGUGGGCCAAACGACAUUGCAGGAGUUAGUAAAUGAAUUGGUAAAAGGGGGAAAGAGAGGAGAAGCCGAGGAGAUAGUGGAGAUAGCAAAGAACAAUGAUUUCUUGAAGUUCAAGCUUGAUUUGUCGUCGUCUCAGUUGAUCAGUUAGGAGAUGAUGAACUGGUAAAACGGCAUGUAUUCGUUGUUUAAGCAGGCUACUUUCUACGGAAGCAGCUUCUUCAUCCAAGGCGGCUCCAGGACUCUCGCACUCGCUCUUGUCUGAUCUUCAUCAUCAGCUUCCUCGUCCUGAGGCGGCGCUGGCAAAGGAGCGGAAAGGUCUAAAGUUUCUUAGCAAUGUAUUCAUCUGGG